UGCAAAGCACGUCGGGAGGAGGCGGGGCUGAAAGCUGUGGGUGGAAAAAAAAAAAGAUUAAAAUCGAAACGUGAGAGCGAUGUUGGAUACUCCAUUGGGAAUUUCUCAACCAGUUUUAAGUGGCUAAGUUAUCAUGCGGCUUCUACAACACCUUACUCGUUACUUGUCUGCUCGCUCUGCUUGUCAGACACAGCUUGUUUGCGGAAAGAUAUUGGCAGCUAAAGACUUGUCCUCUUCUAUUCAUUGGUUCAUUGGCAAGCAGCACAAAAGGUAUUUUACCUCUGCAAUCUCACUAAGUCAAAUAUCAAGUAGACAGAGAACUUUUGUCCUAUCCAGAGAAAAUAAUAACACAAACCCAGAUGUGCACAGUAUGGAAGAUGAAACUUUUGGGACCUUGGCUGAAAAAUAUUCAUCUAGGACUUUUUUCAAGAAAACGUCUCCUGAGCUUCAAAAAUUAGGACAUGAAGAAGAUAAUGAUGGAGAAGAGCCCAAUUAUCCUAUAAGGUGGAGACAAAGGAAUACUCCUUACUGGUACUUUUUAAAGUGCAAAGCAAAAAUCAAAGAAGACAAGCUUGCUGAAGCACUGGAAUUGUUUGAAGUUAAAAUGCUACAAGAGGAGAGACUACAGCCAGAUGAAAGUAAUUACACUAUUUUAAUUGGAGGCUGUGGGAGAGCCGGUUAUGUGAAGAAAGCAUUUCGCUUAUACGCAGAUAUGAAAAAACGAGGUUUGGUGCCCACUGAUGCGACUUACACAGCUUUGUUCAAUGCGUGUGCAGAGUCACCAUGGAAAGAGUCAGGUUUACAGCAGGCCUUAAAAUUGCGACAAGAACUGAAGGCCAAGAACAUCCGGCUAAAUCUGGUCACAUAUCAAAGUUUGUUGAAAGUUUGUGCUCUCUGCUCUGACCUCCAGAACAGCAUGGAGAUAUUCAAGGAAAUUGUACAAGAAGGACACAUUGUUACUAAGGAUACAUUCAAUAUCUUACUAAUGAGCUGCAUUAAGAACAAAGAUAUUGGCUUCCGCUACACACUGCAGGUAUGGAGGCAAAUGUUACGUCUUGGGAUAAAGCCUGACAAUAGUACUUACAACUUGCUUCUUCGGGCUACUAGAGAUUGUGGUAUCGGAGACUCCGCUGAGGCUUCAGCCUUGUUGUUAUCUUCUAAGGAGCCAACACCACUUAGGUUAAAAGCUAAGACAGGCAAACAUAUUCAUGGGAUGAAGAAAAAAGCGAAUACAAGUGAGCUGGAUGUAGAGAUGUUGGAAAAGCAGCUGUUUCUUAGUAAAUCUACACAGCUUAGGAUAUCUGACAGUGAUGGAGUGGAUACGCAGGAAAAUGCUAAAGGAGUUAACACAAUUUCUCAUCCUCCUAGAAGCCAAGAGAUAUGUGACUCAUUGAUAUUAACCUCUUCUGCUUCCUUGCACCUUCCAAACCUUUUAGAUGAGCCUGCAAACACGAACGUGAUUGUCUCCUUAGGUAGUGUCUUUACUCCUUCUGAUAGGCUUGCGUUGAUUGGUGGAAUGGAGGGGAUCAUACAGAAGAUGCAUAAUGACAAGGUGUUUCCAACUAUAAAAACCUUCACACUGUUAGCAGAAAUAAUACAACCUGACUGCAAGAGAGAAUCUGCUUUGUUUAACAUCAUGGAUUCUGCCAAUGUUAAAGCAGACGUGACAUUUUUUAACACUUUAAUUAGAAAGAGAAGCAAAUUGAUAAACCUGCAUUCUGCAAAGGAACUACUGCCUAUUUUGGCACAAAAAGGAAUAUCUCCAAAUAUUCAAACCUUCUGUGGUUUGGCAAUUUCAUGUCACAAUGCAGAAGAGGGACUUAAGCUGCUCGAAGACAUGACGAAUUCUGGUGUUAUCCCUAACACCUAUAUAUACAGCACACUGAUUAGUGCAGCUGUGAAGCGCUUGGAUUAUGCCUACUUGUUAGACAUCCUGCGUGACAUGAAGAAGAGGAAUGUGGCACCUAAUGAAGUAAUUAUCCAUCAGCUGGAGUUUGCCUCCCAAUAUCCACCAAACUAUGACAAGUACAAAAGUAAGGAUGUGUUUCUGGAAAAGAUUGAUGGUUUCCGUGGUUAUUACAAUCGCUGGCUGAAUUGGAUGGCUGCGCAAGAAACUUCUCACCCUUGGAAGAAAUACAGAUAUAAAUCCAAAUCUAAAGAGAAUUCCUCACAGAUCAGUGGAGAUGAAUAGCUUAUUAAAACAGUUUAAAAUUAUGAAGUUCAAUUUGUUACUGUAAAAAUUGUAUAGUUGUGAAUAAAGUCAGUCAUGUUGCACCUCA